AAUAAAAAAGCAAUAUAUGAAAGGAGUUAAGAAAAAUGGAAUUUUAAAAGACAUUAAUUUAAAGGAAUUAGCAAAAGAAAUGGAGAGUAAAAAUGAGGAAAUUUUUCUUGCUGAAAAAAUGUAUUCUCCAACUCUUGAGAAAAGACAAAUUAACAAAAAUUAUAUAAUGGCGCCUCCUAAUAAAAGCAAAUUUUCGUCUCAUUUAAAUUUUGUAACAAAAAUCGAGAAUGACACCGGUAUUUUUAUCGACAAAGAAAUUGACUACGAAAAAAAGCAUUAUGAAAAAGAAUUUGUUCCUCCUCUACAAGAACCAAAAAAAGUAUUAAUUCCUUGUGCUUUUAAAAAAUUUUUCUCUAAAACUGUCAAAGAGGAUAUUUUAAAAAUGGCUGUGGAAAAUCCCAAAAGGUUAUCUGAGUUAGUGGAAAAUUCUCGAAAAGAAAUUACCAACGAGGCUCUUUAUUUUCUAAAUAAUAUUUUGGUUGCUAAUUAUCCAUUCGCAACUAUUACUCCUAAUGUGGGGGUAAUGCUACUUGCUGAUUCUCGCUUGGAAAAAUUAAGCAAAUAUUGGCAAAGCAAAAAAACGACUCCGAGCGUUAUUGAAAUCGUUGAUAUUGCCG